AGCCAGAGCUUUCCUUCGACGGUUAUGGCAGCCAAAUCACUGAGCACGAGCACGCUCAGUCUCAAGUUCAUGCAGAAUGCCUACCGUGCAAAGAAUGUACAACAAGUUGAGCUCGACAAGGCGGAGGUCAGAGAUGACGGGGAAUGGGAAAUAGGGCAGGAAAUGCGCGAUGCAUGGGGCAUGGGAGCCGGAGAAACCUCAACGCAAGCUGUCAGCUAUGAAGCGUCGUACCUACCGUUCCUGUUCGCGUCAGACGAUGCUACGGAUCACUCUCCCUCGGCGACCAAGUCUCCGCCAAAAGGCAGACGAGUCUUCAAGAGUGGGCGAGAGAUUUCUGGGAUCGAGCCCACCGUUGCUACGGCCCAGCAUCAAGGACCGGAGUCGAAAUCCGCACAGCACUCAUCAUCUUCCAAGCCACGACAGAUCUCUUCCGGACAGGGUCAGGCAACUCGUGAUUCUUGGAAGGCAAAGCCUAUGAAGCCGACCCGAAAGUCGGCAAGAGAUGCGAUCUUCGAUAACUCCGCCGUCAGCCUAGGCCCGAGGCAAACAAAGAUGUCGAAUUCACAAAACACCCAUUCCGGAUUCAUGAAACCCGACCGCGUCGACGAGCCGACUCACAAAACCGACAGCGUCAAGGUCAAGCGACCGAGAGCGGCAGAUUCGACUGAGCCUGACGGGCCGGUUGAUAGUCGGAAGAAGAAAGUGAGAAAACAGAGAAGUGCGGAAUCGGAUGCAGACGAGCAAUGAGUCUUCACUCUUCGAUUAGCAGGCUGCUAAUGAAUUAGACCGUGCAACUGCUCCAGAACGCUCCAGUCAGUAACAGGUGCCAGACUCGAGGAAAAUUCCGCGUACGGAAAGGUAUCGAGGUAUCGAGUGAACCGUAUCUCCUUUGUAACCAGGUCGUGUUCAGAUCCAAUUCGAGAGCAAACAACUCACCAGGAUAGUCGAGACUCGGUACGAUUGUGAUCUCUACAUGCUGCGUGAAUCGAUGGUAAGCAAGACGCAAACUGUCAACCGCUUAUCGGAGACGGGUCAUUGGCCAGUUAUUUCCAUUCUGACCCGUUGCGGAGAAGCGAGGCUGAGAAGGCGAUCGUCCUCGUUGCAGGCAUCCUUUCUUUGCAUCGACUUACAGCGGCAGGCUAUCGAUCAAGCUCAGUCUCCGAACAAACGUAGCCUUUAAACGCGUUACAGUCGGGCUAACUGAUCGGCACCGGACAUUCUCGAAGCAGAUUCGCACGCGCGCGGUCAUGACCGGUGAAUGUUCUUCCGGUCCACAAACUAACCCAUCGUUCUCGCCGAUUUCUCCUAGUGCGACUUCGGGGCUGACAUGUCUCGACAAGCGGUGUCGAAGAUCAGGCGCACCGCCGCAUUUUGCCGCUUCGAGAACAGCCGUGCCAUCGUUCAGAGGCUCGGCGCCGGGAGGAUUAGAUCAUUUGCUUGGUGAAUGCGCGUGUCAGAACGAGGUGAUGAUCUCGCGGAUUUAACGGGAGCUCGCAGGCCAAAGGCCCCGAAUUUCGGGCGUUUCGAUUAUGCUGAUGUUCUAUCAACGGAAAUACAUGCAUGGAACGAUUUACUACCAUUGUGAAGCUCAGGGUCGGUCGACCAGGAUCUUGGACCGGAGAUCCACUCCGGAUUGCAAGAAGGAGAAUUCAGAUAUCGGACAUGACACCGUGACGACGGUAGCGAUUCGCCGCCAGUUGUCGAGAACUACAGGAAUACGGAACCUAGCCGUCCUUGGUGACCAUUU